GUCCAGUUGUCGACGCUAGACGGUCACAGUGGGGCGGUCUGUGAGGAUUUUCAAAGAAAGACUUUUCACUUUGUUUUAAGUUUGAUUUUGUUUUAUUCAUUCAGUAUUAUAAGUAUAUAAACCAUGGCUUCCUCAGAUGUCGCUCGCCAGCCGGAUAAGAACAUCCGCCCGCUGAAUUUGGCUGGUCAUGUGGGCUUUGACAGUCUCCCCGAUCAGCUGGUCAACAAGUCCAUUUGUCAGGGAUUCUGCUUCAACAUCCUCUGCAUUGGUGAGACUGGUAUUGGUAAGUCGACUUUAAUGGACACUCUUUUUAACACAAACUUUGAGAACUUUGAGUCGUCGCACUUCGAGCCUCAGGUGAAACUCCGUGCUCAAACCUACGACCUGCAGGAGAGCAAUGUGCGCCUGCGCCUCACUGUGGUCAACACCGUCGGAUUUGGGGACCAGAUGAACAAACAGGAGAGUUACCAGCCAGUGGUGGACUACAUUGACAGACAGUUUGAAAGUUAUUUACAGGAGGAGCUGAAGAUCAAACGCUCACUGCACAACUACCACGACUCACGUGUCCAUGCCUGCCUCUAUUUUAUUUCCCCUUCGGGACAUUCGCUCAAAUCUCUGGACCUGGUCACCAUGAAGAAACUGGACAGCAAGGUGAACAUCAUCCCUGUGAUUGCUAAAGCGGACACCAUCAGUAAGAGCGAGCUGCACAAGUUUAAGAUCAAAAUCAUGAGUGAACUCGUCAGUAAUGGAGUUCAGAUCUAUCAGUUCCCCAUCGAUGACGAGACUGUGGCCAAAGUCAACACCUCCAUGAAUGGUCAUUUGCCAUUCGCUGUCGUAGGAAGUACAGAGGAAGUGAUGGUUGGGAAUAAAAUGGUGAAGGCCCGUCAGUAUCCUUGGGGCAUUGUACAAGUUGAAAACGAGAGCCACUGUGACUUCAUGAAGCUGAGGGAGAUGUUGAUCUGCGUGAACAUGGAGGACCUGAGAGAGCAGACUCACACGAGACACUAUGAGCUCUACAGGCGCUGCAAACUAGAGGAGAUGGGCUUCAAGGACACAGACCCCGAGUGCAAGCCUGUCAGUUUGCAGGAAACAUACGAGGCGAAGCGUCAGGAGUUCCUGUUGGAGCUGCAGAGGAGAGAGGACGAGAUGAGACAGAUGUUUGUGCAGCGGGUCAAGGAAAAGGAGGCGGAGCUCAAAGACGCUGAGAGAGAGCUACAGAGCCGUUUUGAGCAGCUGAAGCGGCUCCACGCAGACGAGAAGGCCACUCUGGAGGACAAGAAGAAAGCUCUGGAGGAGGACCAGGUCUCCUUCGGUAAAAGACGCGCAGCUGCUCAGCUCCUGCAGGGACAGAGCCUGACUGCCAAUGGCAAGAAAGACAAGGAUCGUAAGAACUCUGGCUUCAUGUAAAGAUUAUGGACCUGAAGUGAAGUCCAGUGACUGUCCCCAGAAUCAGUCCAACUCCAAAUAGCAUUGACUUUAUUUUUGCGCCAAAGUUAAGUUUAAAAACAAUAUGGACUCUUCCUUUGUGUUAUUUGUCUUCUAGUUUGUGGGUUUACAUGUUUUAAUAUUGUGUAUUUAUCUUUUCUUUUUAUAUACAGUUUAUCUUUUUUUUUCUUUUACCUCCUUACCUUUAUGUACAAAGAGGAACAUCUUAGCAGAGUUAGCCUCAGACCCUCAGUACUACACUCAUAAUAAUCAUACAGGGGCAUUUUAAUGACUCCUAUACAAUGUAAAGGGACCUGAUAUUAGUACACUUAGGGACAAACAAAUUUUUGUUGAAAGUUAUUUUACAAGGCAUUUUACUCUUUUAAAUACUUCUUUAAUAUGACUAUUUCCUUGAUCUAUAUUUUUGUAGCUUUAGUGGACCGUGGAAAUAUAUUGAAUUUUGCUACAGCUAUUCAUGAUCAUUUGUUUAAUUUUGAGAUUCUAUAGUGGCCAUUAGAGGAAGGCUUGAAUGGUGCGUUCAGAGGGAAUCUUUAAUACAAAAUGCUACACUAAUAACAAUGUGGCUUUGUCUGCAUUAGGUACAUGUUACAGAAUAUAUUUAUAUGUAUGUUUACUCUACUACACUGCCAGCCAACAGGAAACAAUGAGCGUAUUCAUGUCUGUGUUACCCUUUUUAUAUUAACGAUUGAGUGAUUUGCCUAAUAUUUUUCUGCACAACCAAAACACUACUUUGUGAUAUCACCUAAACUACAACUCAAAUCACAGCCAUGUUUCUGAACACUAGACUUGUUAGUGCCUUAUUAAUGAUGAUACAUCCACUGCAUGUACAAGUGAUGGUCACACAUACAUGCAGUGGAUCUGGAUCUGACGUACAUCCAGUGGAUCUGACCUGUGCCUCAUGUUACACUUGUGUUAAAAGAACAACAGUGUUAUUUGGGAGUGUUUUUAUUCUUUCUAAAUAAAUCAAGUAUUUUUGACAA